UGACAAGGGUCUAAUCCGGGCUCGCGACUUUGAAUGAACUUUUGCGCCGCCGAAUCUUUCUUCCUUCUUCAACGUCUUUGUGCCCGCCACAACUUCAAACAACCGCGAACAUAUAUCGACGCGGAAUUACGGAGGUGCGCUUGGCUAAUCGGAAUUAUAGCAUAGUUAAUUUCGAUGCGUCACCAUUAGAUUCGAUCUCUUUUUUUUUUUCCCCUACUCAAACCAGCUGUUCAAGUCCGAAAGUUAGUGAGCGAGGCGUUGUCUCUUGACUAUUAAUCGACUUCGUCCAGUUUGAACUCACAGACAAACUGGAUCGACGCGUUUGUUAUGCCUCAUGCGCCUAUCUCUGAUAUCAAUUUCUACACUCAUCUUUCCCUCCGCUCCUUCAGCUUCCUCGAGAAGUCGACGUUCAAUAUUUAGCCCGGGCUAGAUUUCUGGUUUAUCACCUUAGGCAGCUUUCCCUACCUCAUUAUCGCGUCCGGACUUUACUUUAUUAAGAAAUUCGCGACGUCAAUACCGCCAAUAUGGGUAUUCCGGCUGCUUUUCGAUGGCUCUCCAACAAGUACCCCAAGAUUAUAUCUCCUGUCGUGGAAGACAGGCCUAUCGAGAUGGAUGAUGGCACGGUUAUUCCUGUCGACACCGCGCGACCAAACCCAAACGGCGAGGAAUUCGAUAAUUUAUACUUGGAUAUGAAUGGUAUCGUGCAUCCCUGUUCUCAUCCAGAGGAUAAGCCCGCUCCAAAAGACGAGGAAGAGAUGAUGCUGGAGAUCUUUAAGUAUACCGACCGUGUGGUUAACAUGGUUCGUCCGAGAAAGCUACUCAUGAUCGCCAUUGAUGGUGUUGCGCCUCGAGCCAAGAUGAACCAGCAGCGAUCUCGACGGUUCCGCUCCGCCCAAGAAGCCAAGGAAAAGGAAGCUGAUAAGGAGGAACUAUUGAAGAUGGUCAAGAGGCAGAAUGGUGGUGAAUUGCCGCCGGAGACACUCGAAGCAGCAGCGAAGAAAGUCUUCGAUUCUAACGCUAUCACGCCUGGUACACCUUUUAUGGAUAUACUAGCAAUGAGUUUGAGGUAUUGGUGUGCCUAUAAGCUUAACACUGACCCUGGAUGGGCUAAUAUGAAAGUCAUCAUCUCCGACGCUACAGUACCUGGUGAGGGCGAGCAUAAGAUCAUGAACUUCAUUCGCUCCCAGAGAACGUCCUCUGAUCAUGAUCCCAACACGAGACAUGUUAUCUAUGGAUUAGAUGCUGACUUGAUCAUGCUUGGACUCGCUACCCAUGAGCCUCAUUUUCGUGUCCUCCGAGAAGACGUCUUUUUCCAGGAUGCGAAAGCCAAAACUUGCCGAAUCUGUGGCCAGAAAGGUCAUGAUGCGCAAAAUUGCCGUGGUGCAGCCAAGGAGAAAGAUGGUGAAUUCGAUGAAAAGGAUAAGGCUGCCCCCCUGAAGCCGUUUAUCUGGCUCCAUGUUUCAGUCUUGCGAGAAUAUCUAGCCGUUGAGCUUGACGUACCCGGACUCCCGUUCCGGUUUGAUCUUGAGCGUGCUAUUGAUGACUGGGUGUUCAUGUGCUCCUUUGUUGGUAACGAUUUCCUCCCUCAUCUCCCUGCCCUUGAAAUCCGCGAGAAUGGUAUCGACACGUUAACUGCCAUCUGGCGAGAUAACUUACCUGUCAUGGGUGGGUUCGUCACUAAAGAUGGGCACGUGAAUCUCGAAAGAGCCCAGUACAUUCUGAAUGGCCUGGCGAAGCAGGAGGAUGCCAUUUUCAGGAGACGAAGAGAGGUUGAGCAGCGAAGAGAAGCUGGCUUUAAGCGACGAAAGCUUCAAGAGCAGAGGAAUGGACGUAACGGUAAUCAAGGCGGUCGAGGCAAUAGGGGUGGUGCUAAUAGCUCCCUUCCCGGUGGUCUUCCCCAGGGUCUUACUCAUGAUAUGAUCGUCAAUAGAGGAGCUCAGGAUACUAAUGUGGCGAAUAAGAGCGCUGCGGCGGUGCUCAAGAGCCAGAUCCAAUCACUUCAAUCAGAAGCGAGUACCAGUGUCCCCCAAGAAGACGGCGCGGAUGCACAGGAGUCGCCUUCUGCUCUUGGUAAACGUAAAGCGUCCGCGAUAGAGGAGGAUAACCCGAGCACCCCCGCAAGCAGUUCGGCAGCAGCCGAAGAGCCGGAAGACUCGGUCCGGCUAUGGGAAGAAGGCUAUGCUGACAGGUAUUACGAACAAAAGUUUCACGUCGACCCGAAGGACAUCGAAUUCAGGCGUAAGGUCGCCCGAGCUUAUGUCGAAGGUCUUGCUUGGGUCCUAAGAUACUAUUUCCAAGGGUGUCCGUCAUGGGAAUGGUUCUACCCUUAUCACUAUGCACCUUUUGCGCAAGACUUUGUGGACAUUGGUAACAUAGAGAUCAAUUUCGAGAAAGGUAGAAUCGCAAAACCCUUCGAACAGCUCAUGAGCGUCCAGCCUGCCGCGUCUCGUCACGUUCUCCCCAACAUCUUUCACGAGCUCAUGACAGGGGCGGAUAGUCCUAUUAUCGACUUUUACCCUGAGGAGUUUGAAAUCGACCUUAACGGAAAGAAGAUGGCAUGGCAGGGUGUGGCGCUUCUUCCGUUUAUUGAAAUGCCUCGACUACUUGCUGCCGUAGAGGAGAAAUAUCCUCAUUUGAGUGCUGAGGAUGCAGCCCGCAACAGCCCUGGCAAAGAUGUACUUUUACUUUCCGAGGCCAACCAGGAGUUGUACGACGACAUUAUCACACAUUUCUAUUCCAAGAAACAAGGCGAACCCAUACAUAAACUCGACCCGCGUUUGAGCCAAGGCCUGUCUGGAAAGGUAGAGAAAGUUCCCGAGUAUCUGCCUCAUGGCAGUUUAGAAUAUCCACUAGAGAGGAAGCAACUGCCCCCCGUGGACGAUGAUCGAUCAUUAACAGUCUAUUAUGAAAUUCCAAGUGCGAAUAAUCAUAAGUCUAUGCUCUUGCGAGGCGUUCAGAUGCCCAAUCCUGCACUUAAUCGCAGCGAUGUUGAAGAGCUGAAGGGGAAGAUGCGAAAUUCGGGCCGAAGCCAUGGAGGCGCACCUCUUGGGCGUCAGGGUGGUUGGGAUGGCAAUAGGAGGGAUAGGAUUAAUUACGGACCAGAUUCUCGACGAGAUAGAUCUGAACGGCCACCGUCAUACCAAAACGGCUACAACAAUUCGUAUUCUGCUCCCCCUCCAGUCCCACCUCCCGGUUGGGUACCGCCACCUCCCGGUUUCCCGGGAUUCGGUAAUGGACUGCCGCCGCCGCCGCCGCCGCAGGCAGGUACCUAUAUUGGUAACCAAUUCGCUGACCAAUACGGCGGGAACUACGGAGGAAAUCGCGGUGGAAACAACAGAGGUAAUUACGGAGGGGGCCGUGGUGGAAGUUACGGAGGUCCUCAAGGACACGGAGGAGCGUACCCUCCGCCUCCGCAAGGUCAAAACAAUUAUGGUGGCCAAUAUAAUCGGCCCCCCCGUGAUAAUCGGGACUAUCGACAGUACGAUAACCGAGGUGGUUAUCAAGGCAAUAAUUCUUAUGGCAAUGGGUACAGAUGAUGGGGAGGAAUGACAAGUAAUCAAACUCUCUACGAGACGGUGUAGUGUAUUAAAACGAGCUAAAUCGUAUUGUCUUGAUUAAAUAGCUUAAAUAGCUUAAAUAGCUAUACUAAUCUCGCUUAAUCAUGA